AUGAUCACAAAGCAGAGCAACACAAAGAAGACCAUAGUUGUUGGAGUUUUCAUUAGAAACUCGAGUAUCUGGGGAGUCCAUUCUUCAGCCAAGGAUCAUCUCCUUUUCACUAAUUUACGGGUCUUCAAAGAAGCUGAGCUAUCGGAUACUUCCUACGGAUCCUUGAUUUUCCGUGAGAGGUGGUUAGAUUGCAACCGUUCAAGCACAGUGUAA